GGGAAACGUUUCCAGUCGUCGCUGCAAAGGAUCCUGAAUUUGCCAAGUCAACAAAAUAACUAAAUCAACUGCAAGAUAAUCUCUCACUAUUGAGUCAUCUCGUAUCAUUUCGUGAAAAACCUGGGAUUCACGAAUAAUAUUGUUAUUACUACAAUAUUUCGGCUUAGAAAAGAGAGCAGUGAUGACAUAUUUUAAAGAGAAUUGAUGCAGAGUCCAAUCAUCCAACACCGAAGCUACCCCAAGCAGAUAACCUAUGACCUAAACAGAAGCAGCUUCAUGAAACAAGUGAUGCGAUUUAAUUAUUUCAGUCUAGCGAGCACCCUGGAGUAAUUCGCAUGUUUUAAGCAUUCUAAGUUCAUGCUAUUGUGAGUGAUGAAGAUGUGGCUCAAAGAACGAGAAACUGUAAUUUUUGUAUUGCUAUUAUGUGGACCGAUACUUGGACGACCUGGACAAUUACGGGAGCAAAGAUAUGAAUUCCGAGAUAUCCAGGAAACUAUUUCUAUUGAACCAACGAACAAUCAGAUCAUGGGAGUACAAGUAGCCCCCGUUCAACAUGGGACAAUUUCAUGGUCUCAACAACACCAGAACGAAGUUAUCGCAUUCGCGGAAGCAUUUCGUCAAAACUAUAACAGGAUAAUUCAACAGCACAAUUCUUUCAUGCAGAAUCUGCUAGCUCCAGUACCUUAUCAAUUUUAUCAUCUACCGAGUAGUUUUACAUGGAAUCAAUUCUUCGGUAAUCAAGAGGAAUUCGUUCAACAACAGUCCGAACAAAUGUCUCGUCAACUAAUAGAUAAUCUACAACAUGGGAAAAUUACACAACAGGACAUCAUGCAACCAGAUUUUUUUAUUCAUCAAGCAGCAAAUGAACUCGACAAGAUUCAUUUCCACGACAAUUACACACCACUAGAAAAUGCCGCUACAGACAAUAUUCACGAAGUAGCACAGCAAGAGGAGAUGCUGUUUGAUACAGAGAGAUUCGGUAGCAACGAACAACAUGAAUAUCAAUUAUCAGUUCCAGAUGAUCUAACACGGCAUCAAUUUGAAUCAACUUUUAUGGAAGAUCAACAACAUCAUAAACAUUUUGGAAUGGAGGAUCAAAAUACGCAAACACAUAUUGUUGAUCACACGGUAUUAAAUGAACGAAAUGUGUCGUACAUACAAUCCCUUCCUCCGAUAAGAUUUAACAACAGCAAAAUCGAAAGAGUGGACAAAGAUUUCGAAAAUUUGAUUGAUCAAUUUGAUGGCAAGCCGACACCAAAAACUUCAAAAAUAACUCAGCCUCCAAUUGAUUACUACGCGAACACCUACGAUCAACAAUCAAUCUACGAUUUGCAGAUGGCAGAAGAACCAUCUACAACGACUCCAAAGGCCGAUAAUGUAAAAGCACUAAUUCGGAAAAGAAUUUCCAAGCCACAUGUUAAUUCAGAAUACAACUCGACAUUCAGAUCUGCUGAUUCAGUGAGUUCUACUACCAGCAAAUCAGAAACUGCCAGCAAUGUGAUGUCCAUGUUGCCACACAAGGCUCCAUCUCUUAAUUAUAGUGAAAUAUACGAAAAGGUUCGGGAGGACCUAGACAAAAAACUCAAACAACUCACCGAUACGAGAAACGAAGAGACUCAUUUUAUGGGAUUGACCAGUAACACUGAACAUGAGAAACUAUCCUAUGACAUAGUAACCACGAAAAAAACCACUUUAGAAGAUCGUGGAGAUCAACCUGUUGUAGAAAGUGAAGAUUACGUUAUUGAGGAUAUGUUUGAAUCGGAGCCCGGCAUUGGUAACUAUCCAGUGAUUGGUGAGUUACCUUUAUCAGAAAAAACAUCAACUCCAAGCGCAAAACAUACUACUACUACAGACGAUACUAAUAGUUUCAACCAGUAUUCAACCGUUCAUGAGAAAAGAAUUCAGGAAAAUCACUUUAUUUCAGCGACUAAACCAAUGAAUGUUCGUCCAGUUGGGAUGAAUAUCCACUAUGAAGCUUCUUUGGCUCCAUUACCAACGACAACAAUCAGAUCAAAUCCUUAUUAUUCAGCACAGCUAGCCGCGUAUCCUACCGUAAUGCAGCCAAUAGAUGAUCAACAGUUACAGGUUCAUCAACACGCAUCUGAAUUGGAAGAAAUGGGUCAGGAAACGGAAACCUUAGAUGCCGAAGCAUACAUCGAUUUGAAUGUACCCCAUGACCGGAACAUUCAACUUAAUAACCAAUACGAAUCUCAUGGAACAAUGGAAGAAUUCUACUAUCAGCAGCAUGUAGAUACUCAGCAAUAUGAAGACGAGCAACAGAGUCUUACCAACAAUCAUCAUGAAUUGAUCAUACCGCAACAACUACAAGAGGGAAAUAUUCCAAAGCAGACACGUCCAGAACAGCAAUACCAUAAUCCUGAUAUGCAAAUACAACGACAUGAAGGUGGAACAUCCGAAAUGGUCAUGGAACUUGCAACACAGCCUUCAGCAAGCACCAAAGGCCAUCAGAAAAACUGGUUUCAACGACAAUUUUCAAAAAUCUUUGUAUAAUUCGAAAGAGUUUAUUGUGAUAGCACUCAAUAAUUCUAUCGAAACAAUGUAUAUGAAAUUUGAAUAAAUGUUAUUAUAACACUGAAGAUAA